AUGUAUGCUUCAGCAUCUACUCUCGUCACCGUUGCCUCGUUCGGACUUCUUGCGCGGGCUCUGCCCACCGCUCGCUCGCGCAACGAAGUUCCAAUAACGUUCUACGCGGCCGGUGGCGUGCAGCUCACACAGAGCUUUCCCACCGAUGGAGCUCCUAUCGCCAUAAACAACGGACUGAGCAUCUCCCGCAUCUCAUCCAGCACCCCGGAUGUUACAUGUGUCUUCAGCGGUAUCGACCACAGCAGCACCACUGUCCCAGGCGCCGCGAUAGUAGACGUCGGGCCUCCGCAGGCUCAAACCCAGGGCUACUGCUUUGUGAGCUACGCUCCAUCAUCAACCCCAGCGAGCUCAUGGGUACCUUCGCCGUCCGCCACUCCGCCAACCCUGAUCCAGCCUGAUGACGCGUGGACAAUCUGGGUUCAGCCGACAGAGACCCCGUCAGUCUGGCGUCGGUCUAGGCAGGACUUGCCGGCACCAGGCCAGGGCUCCGGCAAUGCGCCAGAACUGGAGGUUGAGGAUCCACCUACUUUUGCCCAGGAGCCGGAGGAGCCCUCCACUACUACUCCCUCUUCUGAGGAGAGUACCUCGCCGCCUCCUAGUCCUCAGGAACCGGUUAUUACGGACUCGAUGCCGGGUGAUUCGACUGCGCCGUUGACAUCCUCGUGCUCGACGACACCUUCCCCUAUAGUCACCUGCACUACGACUCCGUCGCCUGUAACAUCGUCGACUAUGACUCCGUGCCAUGAGUGCGAAUCUACCACGACACCGUCGGUUGUGACCUCCUGCACUACGACUCCCUUUCCUGUGACCUCGUGCACCACGACUCCCUCACCUGUGGUGCCGCCCACUACGACGCCAUGCAACGAGUGCGAGUCUACUCCUACCCCUUGUGUUGACUGCGAACCGACCCCCACUCCAUGUGAUGACUGCGAGCCGACCCCUACUCCCUGCAAAACCUGCAAAACGACCCCUCCUCCGUGUUCCGAGAAUCCUUGCGUCAACACGACCUGCUCCGAUGACACCUGCCCUGACGACAACUGCCCUGACGACAACUGCCCUGACGACAACUGCCCUAAGGGACCCUGCACUGAUCCAUCACCCAACCCAGUUGAGUGCCCCGACGCCGGCUGCCACGAGGACCCCUGCCCCGACGAGAAGUGCCACGACAACAACAAGCGUCCAUCAUACACCCCAUCUGAGCCCUCGGGGGACCACGUCGAGAUCACCUUCAACGGAGAGGUCAACGCCGACUUCGCCGAGUUUACUCAGUAA